AUGGUCUAUUUCUUCCGGACGCUACAAUCAGUCUUCCUGGUACCAAACGCACAGGGGUCAGUGACAGAGCAGGCUAAAAAGAUAGAGGUCGAACAACGCACUCCGAAGCUCGAGAUACUGGAGAUUGAGCGUACAGAUUACGAGAGUUCGCAGAUAGGGGCAGAAGACGCACUGGUCAAGUUGAAAAGUGUGAACAGGUUUCUAAGUUCUUUUAAGGGCCUGAAAGAGCUCUACAUUGUCUAUCACCAUGACUUAGCAUUCGGAGAUGAUGGAGGGGACCGCGAGGCAGCCGGAAUAAGAGCACAUGCCUCUACGCUAGAGAUUUUGUGUGCUGGCUCAUCACGGGAAAUUCACUACGUCGAUAAUCCGACUCUCACUCAAAUUCUUCAUGACUGUACGAAUCUGAAGCAACUGGGUCUGACACUCUUUAGUGAUCAUAAGACUUUCGACCUCCACCAUGACCGUAAGCUAGAGGACCUUUCUGGUCACUCGCACCUCAUAUCCGCCCGCGACGGUACACACCGACUGAGAAUAAUCGCACGACAUCCAAAUAUCCAAACACUUCGCAUACUCGACAACAUAAGGAUGUUCCAUCAUGACGAUGUCAGUAACUAUGCAUCAUACCAAGUAACAGCGCAGCAAAUGGCUCGCGCUGCGAAUGCCUGGACAAAAGACUGGGCCCAAAACAUAAUCCAAUAUCUUAAAAAACAUGGCUCCAAUAUCAGAGUCUUGGCAGUGUACCGAUAUCGCAUCUGGGGCGGCUAUUAUACAGGAGUUGAGGACUUGGUAAUUGACAACGAUGGUCAACUCUUUCCACGCUAUACAUACGAUGUCAAGGUCAAUUACGAUCAUUGUCCUGAUCUAAUAUUGCAGCCGGGGCAGCCGCAACGGCAGCUGUGGUAUUUUCCUGUGCCGAUUAGAUAA